UGCCCCAGAUGCGGCCAAGGUACCUUUGAACCACUCACACCGCAUCUCGGUCACGGGUCGAACACGAUGCCGCUGCGCUACGCGGUCCCACGAUAGAGUUCCUAUAUCUUCCUAACGAUGGGCUGUGACGUGAGGAUACUUCUCAUCCUGACGGUUAGUACAGUCCUGGCACAAGCCUGUAUUCCCGGCUGUAAAGUAACAGCAGUUCCCAGCUGCAUUCCCGGUGGUCUUUGGUGGUUCGGACGUUUGUCCUACCGAAACACUCAGCUGGUAACAGCAGGAAAAGAUCACUUCGAGCAGAGUUCCUGUAUCCUAUGUACGGACAGAUCGGACUCUUCAGUUGGUUUGAAUGAGAACAAUAUGGCCUACUCUCGAGACAGCACCUGGCUAGCUGUAAGAGGUCACUCGUUUGAAGUGUUAUCAGUGCAGACACUUGGCUUGUGCAACAACUCUGGGGUAAAUUACCUUACAGUUGUGGAGGGCGGGAUUGUAGAUUUGACACCGAAUAGCCUCAGUGUGUUUCAGUACUUGAUAUCUUUGUACCUAGACUUCAACAGCCUAAGUCAUAUCAAAAAUCGGUAUUUUGCUGAGUUAGAAUCCCCGUACGCACUGGCAGUCCUAUCUUUGUCUCACAACAAGAUCGAAGAUAUUGAGUCAGAAAGCUUUAAAGGAUUGGUCGGGUUGGAAUUACUGAUUCUUGAACAUAAUCUGUUAAGGUAUGUUCGUGCCGAUUGGUUCCACGGGCUGCAAAACUUAAAAGAAAUAGUUUUGACCUCAAAUCGACUUGAGACGAUCCAAAAGGGUGCAUUUGUGCCUUUGACCAAACUCAGCUAUGUUGACAUGAGCAACAAUCAUCUACUGCGCCUUCCUACUGAAUACCGUUGGCUACCCAACAAAUCUGUAGCGUACAAACUUGGCGAGAAUAUGCUCAGCACCAUGACAUGGCAAGCCGUGUUGUUGUCGGAUUUGUCUUUCGUACACCUGUCGGAUUUGUCUUUCGUACAAGUACGACUGAGCGGAUUUGGUAUAUGCUCGACGCGCGCUGAUUCGUCAACGGAGUACCGCGUGUGGCUGCAUCAUGACAUACCCACAGACGACAUCUUUCCAAAGACGAACUAUGACUAUAUAUGUGGAAAGCUUCUCUACAGCAGCCGUGUUAUCAUAAGAGGCCAGACUUACCGAUCUCCGUUUGUCUUCAUGGUCAUGACGGAAGGUACGGAACACGGGAACACGGUGAUCCCAUGGUGUAGGCGUUUUUGGUUGGGCGCAGAUACGGCACGUGUGAACCUGGCCACAAGUGAGGAAUCUGCUGUAGAACUGGCUACAAGUACGAUGGGGGAGAACAGCAAAACGGUACGCCUGGUCUCUACUGUGUUUGACUCUCCAACAAAGGCCAACAGCACCAAGAACGUAACAUGCGUUCUGGUUCGUGGAGAAAAGGUGUAUCGGUCCUUUUUAGCUGCGACAAAUCGAGAAAAGCCUAACAUCAACGUAGACAGGGGUACAGGAGAGAACAGUCCACGCAACGCCACCUCCCUCAACAAGACUGGUGACGUCAGAAAGGAGCCAUUGACGAACAACACAACUGUCGACAUAAAUGAUGACGUCAGUUUAAUAACGAACAGCACGGCUUCCCUCCCAACAUCUGACGCCAUCCCGAUGUCCACUAUGUUGGACAACACAAUGACGUCAUCAACACGACCAGAACAAGGCCAGAUCCACAUACUGGUUAUAGUACUUGCUGUCUCGGUAGCAAUCUUUCUGGCCACAGUGGCCAUAAUCUACAUGGUACUACGGUGGUUCUCAGGUCGUCGUAAAGACGAAAUCGCUGAGGAGAAUUCAAAUCACGAGAACCCCUGUGAGACGCCCGAUGGCGCAAUCAGUCCUGUCGUGUCCGUCAGCGGUUGGAUGACACCAUCUGGUGACCAUGGCAACGGAGCUGUUGAUGUGGAGGCAGAAGGCGACGUCCCAGCCUAUUCGGAAAUCCCAGACGAGUACUUUGACUUCAACAACCCUGGUUACCGAUAUCGGUGUUCCUCGCUGCCAACAGAAAUGAAUCCCUACUGGCAGAUUCCAGACGACUACUUCCUCUUCAAUAACCCUGGUUACCGAUAUCGGCGCUCCUCGCUGCCAACAGACGAGAAUCCCUACUGGCAGAUUCCAGACGAGUACUACAACUACCAGAACACCUCACGGCAAGCGAACUGGCGCCCGUCUUCCCUGCCUCUGACGCUUGACGUCAGGUACGAAAACUGCGUCCAGGAAGAGAACGUUGAACGUUGGGAAUGGCAGCCGUCUGAUCUUGAUGCUCAAGACGAGAACGAUGACGUCACUACCUUCUAUGCGGCCGUAGCAGAGGUGGCGCUUCCCGAGGUGAGAAGGAUGAGUACUACCCAUGCGCACUACAGGGUUCCUGCUCGCCUACAUAGGUAUAAGGGUUACACGAAUAGGGCUGCAGAACUACGGAAGAAGGCAGGUGGCGCUGCGUAUAGAAUAUCAGCACCGAAGAAGGAAAGACAACUUGAGCCGCUUGCAAGAGGGACACAGGGGGCAAGAGCUUUAAAUGUAAGAUCUAUAGAUCAGAGAAUGACUGGAUACGAUGCCCGUGGCAAUCGACAUUCUCACUACGACAAUCUCAUCCGCAUGCCCAGGGGUCAAAUAAUUAAACCCUGGUGCAUCAGGCCUCAAAAUCGACACAACAGGGCAUACGUGCCAAAAGAUCAGUCCUUUCGGUUUCAAAGAGGCACGAGUGCGACCGUCUCUUCAGGAUGCUUGAGGACAUAUCUUCAGAAACGCGAUGAACUCCGUCAUCACAAGUCUUGGAGUCAAGAAAUACCGUCGAUUGCUCAAACAGUAGUAGUGUCUGCAAGAAAUGCCACAAGGCGCCGUCUUAGUCUGUGAGGACCCGGUCACAACAGGUCAUAGGUGAAUAGUAAGGAUGAGCUUGCUGAUGGUCUGUAGAUGUACUGAAAUGUUAGAGUACGCACAUGUGAGUAGUAAGGCUGUAAGCUUGCUGGUGGUCUGUAGAUGCACCGAAAUGUUAGAGUACCCACAGGUGAGUAGUAAGGCUGUAAGCUUGCUGGUGGUCUGUAGAUGCACCGAAAUGUAAGAGUACGCACAGGUGAGUAGUAAGACUGUAAGCUUGCUGAUGGUCUGUAGAUGUACCGAAAUGUUAGAGUACGCACAGGUGAGUAGUAAGGCUGUAAGCUUGCUGAUGGUCUGUAGAUGUACCGAAAUGUUAGAGUACGCACAGGUGAGUAGUAAGGCUGUAAGCUUGCUGGUGGUCUGUAGAUGCACCGAAAUGUAAGAGUAGUCGCACAGGUGAGUAGUAAGGCUGUAAGCUUGCUGAUGGUCUGUAGAUGUACCGAAAUGUUAGAGUACGCACAGGUGAGUAGUAAGGCUGUAAGCUUGCUGAUGGUCUGUAGAUGUACCGAAAUGUUAGAGUACGCACAGGUGAGUAGUAAGACUGUAAGCUGACCAGUCGUCUGUAGAUGCACCGAAAUGUUAGAGUACGCACAGGUGAGUAGUAAGGCUGUAAGCUUGCUGGUGGUCUGUAGAUGUACUGAAAUGUUAGAGUACCCACAUGUGAGUAGUAAGACUGUAAGCUUGCUGGUGGUCUGUAGAUGCACUGAAAUGUUAGAGUACGCACAGGUGAGUAGUAAGGCUGUAAGCUGACCAGUCGUCUGUAGAUGUACCGAAAUGUUAGAGUACGCACGCAAGUCGGAAGUGGUAUGAAUGUGUCUAGAAUUGUUGAUGAUAGUGCUGAAGAAUAUGAAAGCUUCAUUAGUCAACAAACAACAUGAGUCAAUAGUUACAUUAUUGCAAGAACUGCUACAUGUUGCUGUUGUUGUUGUUGCUAAGACCCAUGAGGUAGCUGGUACUACUACGCAUGCAGUGAAUAAUUUGAGAUAUACCUACAAAUUUUUUCUUGUCAAAUGGACGCACACUAUGCUAUUGGCCCUUCCAAAAAUUGAAAUUCAUAGCGAUCAUUACUGAAUCUAUGCCAAACAUUACGAAGAGACGACAAGAGACGAAAGAUAUGUAUUGUCUUGAUCCCAUCUUCUAGAAGUACUACAGUCAAACCUGUAUUAGCGGCCACCUUUGCAUAGCAGCCACCUGGCCAUAGUGGCCACUUGUUGUCGGUCCCUUGGAUUCGUAAUGAUUAAGAAAUAGGCUUAGC